UGCCCCGGUGUUCAUCUCUGCUCACUUGGGUUGUGUUCUCCGCCCUCCUCUUCUGAGUCACGCUGAUAACUUCCCUCCCUGCCUCUGGCCUCCUAGCCUGCUCUGCUCGAGCGCUUCUUGGUACCUUGGCCCAGCUGUCCUGCGGCAGCCCAGGAGCCCAGAGCCGUGCAUCGAACCUUCCAGUCAUGAGCAGGACCUGCAGAGCCCUCCUCUUGUUCAUGGCCUUAUCUGCUUCUCUCGGCUUCAACUUGGACACACUGAAGAUGAAAAUCUUUCAAAUGGACAGGCCUGGGUUUGGACACAGCGUGGUCCAGUAUACUGGCUCCAGGGUGAUGGUUGGAGCCCCCAAAGAGGUCACAGCUGCCAACCAGACAGGUGGCCUCUAUCAGUGUGACUACCGCACAGGCCAGUGUGAGCCUGUCUCCCUGCGGGUGCCCCCAGAGGCAGUGAACAUGUCCCUGGGCUUAUCCCUGGCUGCUUCCAACAAUCCCUCCCAGCUGUUGGCCUGCGGCCCUACUGUGCACCAGGCCUGCAGACAGAACAUGUACUUGAUGGGGCUGUGCUUCCUGCUGGUCCCUCCCGCCCAGGGGGGCAGAAGGUUUCCGGAUGCCCUGCAGGAGUGCCCACGGCAGGACCAGGACAUCGUGUUCCUGAUUGAUGGCUCUGGCAGCAUUUUGCCUUAUGAUUUCGUCACGAUGAUAAACUUUGUGAAGUCUGUGAUAAGCCAGUUCCAGAGGCCCAGCACCCAGGUUGCUCUGAUGCAGUUCUCAAACCGAUUCCGGACACACUUCACCUUCAAUGACUUCGUCUCCAGCUCAGACCCGCUAAGCCUGCUCAACUCCGUGAGCCAGCUAAAAGGGUUCACUUACACAGCCACGGCCAUCAGAGAAGUCAUAAAUGAACUGUUCACCGCCGUAAGCGGAGCUCGCAAGGAUGCCACCAAGAUCUUGAUUGUCAUCACCGACGGACAUAAAGAAGGCGAUAGACUGGAUUAUAAGGACGUCAUCCCCAUGGCUAAGGCGGCAGGCAUCAUCCGCUAUGCAGUUGGGGUUGGGAGAGCUUUUCAAGCUCCAGCUUCCCGGUACGAAUUAAACCAGAUCGCAUCAAGCCCCUCCCACGUCUUCAGAGUGGAGAACUUCGACGCCCUGAGGGCUAUUCAAAACCAGCUGAAGGAGAAGAUCUUCGCCAUCGAGGGUACAGAGCCGGUAAGCAGUAGCUCUUUUGAACUGGAGAUGUCCCAGGAGGGCUUCAGCGCUGUGUUCACCCCAGAAGGUCCAGUUCUGGGGGCAGUAGGAAGCUUCGACUGGUCUGGAGGCGCCUUCCUGUAUCCCCAAAAUGGGAAACCCACCUUCAUCAACGUGACUGGGGAGCACAUGGAUGAGAGGGACUCUUACCUGGGUUAUGCCACAGAGCUGGCCCUUUGGAAGGGGGCGCAGAGCCUGGUCCUGGGGGCUCCUCGCCAUCAGCACACUGGAAAGGUCAUCAUCUUCAUCCAGGCUUCCAGGCGAUGGAGGUCACAAGCCGAGGUCAGAGGGACCCAGAUCGGCUCCUACUUUGGGGCCUCCCUCUGCUCUGUGGAUGUGGAUAGAGAUGGCAGCACUGACCUGGUCCUCAUUGGGGCCCCCCAUUACUACGAGCCGACCCGGGGGGGCCGGGUGUCCGUGUGUCCCCUGCCUAAGGGGCAGAGGGCUCCGUGGCGGUGUGAAGCUGUUCUCCAGGGCGAGCAGGGUCACCCCUGGGGCCGCUUUGGGGCAGCAAUGACGGUGCUGGGGGACGUGAAUGGGGACGAGCUGACAGAUGUGGCCAUCGGGGCCCCCGGAGAGCAGGAGAACCAGGGCGCUGUUUACUUGUUUCAUGGAGUCUCUAGAGGAGGCAUCAGCCAGGCCCACAGCCAGAGGAUCGCAGGCUCCCAGCUCUCUCCCAGGCUUCAGCACUUCGGGCAGUCUCUGAGCGGGGGCCAGGACCUCACCCUGGAUGGACUGCUAGACCUGGCUGUGGGGGCGCAGGGACACAUGCUGCUGCUUAGGACGAGACCUGUCCUUGGGGUGAGGGUGAACAUGCAUUUCACGCGUACAGAGAUCCCCAGGUCUAUGUUUGAGUGUCAAGAGCCGGUGGCCACUGUCCAGAGCCUGGGCGAAGCCACUGUCUGCUUUCAUAUUUAUGAAUGUACCAAGAGUCAAGGAGGUAACCUCCAGAGCUCUGUGACCUUUGAACUUACCCUUGACCCUGGCCGCCUGAAUCCCCGUGCCGUCUUCAAGAAGACAAAUACCCGGACCCUGACUCAGGUCCAAGUCCUUGGGCUGAGGCAGCACUGUGAGCCUGUGCCACUGCUUCUCCCGGCCUGCGUGGAGGACUCGGUGACGCCCAUUACUUUGCGCCUCAACUUCUCUCUGGAGGGCAAGCCCAGCUCUUCCAUUGGGUUCCUCCAGCCCAUGUUGGCUGCGGAUGCUCAGACCUACUUCACGGUCUCCCUCCCCUUUGAGAAGAACUGUGGAGCUGACCACAUCUGCCAGGAUGACCUUGAAAUCACCUUUGACUUCUUGGGCUUGAAGACCCUGGUGGUGGGGAGUAACCUCGAACUGAACGCGGAAGUGAUAGCGUCCAAUGAUGGCGAAGACUCCUAUGGGACCACAGUGACCUUCUUCUAUCCAGAAGGGCUGUCCUACCGACGUGUGGCAGGACAGCAGAGCCCGCAGCAGCUGCGCUCGCCGAGGCUGACGUGCGACAGCGCCCCCACUGGGAGCCGGGGCGCUUGGAGCACCCGCUGCAGCAUCAGCCACCCCAUCCUCCGCGGGGGUACAAAGGUCGUUUUUCUGGUCACCUUUGAUGUCUCCCCCAAAGCUGUCCUGGGAAACCGGCUGCUUGUGGUGGCCAACAUGACCAGUGAGAAUAACACCCCCAGGACCAGCAAGAGCACCUCCCAGCUGGAGCUCCCGGUGAAAUAUGCCGUCUACACCGUGAUCAGCAGCCAGCAGCAGUCAGUCAAGUACCUCAACUUCUCAGCCUCAGAGGAAGAGGGAAGCGGCGAGGUUCUGCACAGAUACCAGGUGAACAACCUGGGUCAGAGGGACCUGCCCGUCACCAUCAACUUCUGGGUGCCGGUGGAGCUUAACAGUGCAGCGGUGUGGACGGAGGUGGAGGUCUCCCACCCCCAGAACCCGUCCAUGCAGUGCUCCUCAGAGCGCCUGACUCACACGGAGGCCGACUUCCAGGCUUCCAUGCGGAGGAAUCCCGAGCUGGACUGCUCCAUCGCUGACUGCCUCAGGUUCCGCUGUGACGUCCCCUCCUUCGGCAUCCAGGAGGAGCUCGACUUCAUCCUCAAGGGCAACCUCAGCUUCCACUGGGUCAGCCAGACACUGCAGAAGAAGGUAUUGGUGGUCAGUGUGGCUGAAAUCACGUUCGACAGAUCCACGUAUUCCCAGCUUCCCGGGCAGGAGGCAUUUCUGAGAGCGCAGAUGAAGACGGUGCUGGAGAGGUACGAGGUCCACAACCCGGUCCCCCUCAUCGUGGGCAGCAGCGUGGGAGGCCUGCUGCUGCUGGCUCUCAUCACAGCCUCGCUGUACAAGGCGGGCUUCUUCAGACGGCAGUACAAGGAAAUGAUGGAGGAAGCAGAUGAACAGGCUGUACCAGAAAAUGAGACGUCAGGCUCCCAAGAUGUGCAGUGAGAGGCUGUACGCAGCACCCUUUGGACCUGCUCUGCCCCCAGAGAUUUCUGAGCUCUGUUACUUUUGCCUGAGUUGAGUCUAAGGGUGAAAGAUACAUUCCACACAAGGACAGCUCGGACCAGGCUACUUUCAUUCUCUGAGAACAGUGGCGUGCCUACCUGAGUGUUUUGUUCAGGAAAAUCCACGUGACUCAGGAAACCUCUAACCUUAAUAUUUAAAAAGCCAUAGACUACAGUGCAAGUCCCAGUGUUCCCCCGCCCCCAGCCACCGAUGAUCUUUCUAAAAUGUAGAACUAAAGAAGUCACUCCUCCUUACCCUUUUCCAGUGGGCUUCUGUUUCUCCCAGGAUGAUGUCUGAAUUCUCCAGGUUGAUGUGAGUAGAGUUUUGUCUCCUACAGGUGGGCUUCAGAGCACAUGGCAGGUGACACCCUGUACUUCCCCAUCAGCCCUGGUUCUAGUGCCACCAGAAGCUUUUAGCUUCUAUUUGGAAGUCUUAGUCCAAAUUGGAAUAAAACCUCUACACAUUGCAUGAUGUGAGCUGGCUUCCAGCAGGGCUCAGCAGUGCGGGCAGGAAGCAGCUGCGUC